AAUACAAACCAAUUUUAAGUUAAUGGACUACUACAUAGUAUUUUUGCUGAUACUUCCCUUUGUGUGGGCAUCCAUUCAUGUCUUCACCUCCAAUCUAGCAAGCCGGAAGUCUGGCUUGCCCACACUCCCCCCAGGCCCCUACCCUAUUCCAAUUAUUGGUAACAUCUUUAAACUUGGCAACUUACCCCACCAAGCCGUUGCCAAGCUCUCCAAAACUUAUGGACCCUUAAUGACUCUCAAGCUUGGGAGCAUAACAACCAUAGUCAUUUCCUCUCCAAACAUAGCAAAAGAAGCACUUCAAAAAAAUGACCAAGCCUUCUCUAGCCGAACCAUCCCAAAUAUGGCCAAAAUUUUUGACCACCACAAAGUUUCAAUGGGGUGGAUACCCACAAAUUCUCACUGGAGGAACCUUAGGAAAGCUUGUGUCAUGGAAAUAUUUGCUCUACAACGUCUCGAAGCCACACAAGCCCUUCGACAAACAAAGGUCAAAGAACUACUUGACUAUAUUAACCAAAGUUGCAAAAGCGGUGCACCCAUUGAUGUUGGUCAAGUAGUGUUCACAACAGCCCUCAAUGCCAUGUCAAACACUUUCGUCUCUAUUGACUUGGCCCAAUAUGGUUCAAAUUUGUCCCAUGAGUUCCAGCACCUUGUCUAUUGUCUAGCCCAAGAAGCUGGAAAGCCAAAUCUUGCGGACUUUUUCCCAGCACUUAGUUUAGUUGACCCCCAAGGUAUCCGCAAAAGGACAAGGAUUUAUUUCGCAAAACUAUUUGGUAUUUUUGAUAGUAUUAUCAAUGAACGAGUACAAUUAAGAGCUUCAUCAAAGGGUCCUAAAACAAGCAACGAUGUACUAGAUUCGCUCCUCACUCUCAACGAAGAAGACAAUUCAAAGAUAAGCCUCCGCGAUAUCAAACAUUUGAUUCUGGACUUAUUUAUUGCAGGGAUUGACACAACAUCAAGCACAGUAGAAUGGGCAAUGGCAUUGUUAUUACACAACCCAGAAAAAAUGGUAAAAGCCCAAGAUGAGCUUGAAGAAGUCCUAGGCAAUAAUGGGAAAGUCCAAGAAUCAGAUAUCUCUAAGUUCCAUUAUCUUCAAGCUAUAGUGAAAGAAACCUUUCGAUUGCACCCACCAGCUCCUUUUCUAGUUCCUCGUAAGGCUGUGGCAGACGUAGAAAUAUGUGACUUCAUUGUGCCCAAAAAUGCGCAAAUACUCAUAAAUGUGUGGGCAAUGGGAAGAGACCUAAGCAUAUGGCCAAAUCCAAAUUUAUUUAUGCCUGAAAGGUUUUUAGAGCAUGGCAUUGAGUUUAAGGGCCAAGAUUUUGAACUAAUUCCAUUUGGAGCUGGAAGAAGGAUAUGCCCUGGAUUGCCAUUAGCUAACCGAAUGGUGCACUUGAUGUUGGCUUCUCUUGUUCACAACUUUGCUUGGAAGCUCCCAGAUGAGAUGAAGCCAGAAGACAUGGACAUGGAGGAGAUGUUUGGGCUUACUUUACAUAAGGCAAAGCCCCUCCAAGCUAUUCCCAUCACAUCCUUGUAACUACUAUUUUCUGUUAUUAGCCCAACAAUAUAUGUGAAUUUGUUGGUUUGAUUAAUUGAAUCUCUUCAAUAUUA